UUGCUUUCUAUUGCUUGAUAUUUUGUAUAAUAAUAUCUGUACAAGAUAUUGUGGCGCCGCCACAGCGUGCGCACAUACGGGGCGAGCUGCCACAAUAAUGUUUCCUGGCUUAAUCCAAACUUCAUUGUGUUAUGUGCGAGCAUGAGCUGUAAUAUUUGGUGAAAUUCUAUCUCCAUUCUGAAUCGGAAUGUGGUACGCAAAAUUAGAUCUGUAACUGGAGUAUGUUCUUGGUUGAACAGCCGAUAUUCAGAGGUCGCAGCUGCGAUAGCACAGCAAGUGCUGAAUACUUGCGUGUGUAAGAAAAAAAUCAUUUUAAUUAUGCGAAGUCCAAUAGUGCAUUUGCCCUGAACGGCCCGACCGCAUGGCGCAUACUACUAGUACUCAAAAACUCUGCGCUAAGCUAAUUUCCCCAGAUUUUUUCGUAUCACGAAUAAACUGACAUUAACCGCGCGUUCUUCCUUAUUCUUCCCGUCAAUCGAGUUUCUGUCUUCGGUUCCACCAUGAAUGCGACUUCGCUGUAUUUCCGACAGUUCUUCUGAGCUACACGUUCGCUGAACUACGGCAACACCGUUUUGGUUCAGCGCGACAACACCCAGUGGUGGCUAGGAUUCGUUCAAGAUAUUGACGGCGACCGGUUCUUCGUGGAUUUCGACGCCAGUACCAUCAGUCCCCAAUGGAUUCAUUCCAACAGUCUGUGGCCGCAUCAUUUUCCCCCGAGAACUGAAGAAUCCCGUGUGGGGUCGUCAGUGUACGUAGCGCUGCGCCAAUCCGAAGGCGAACCGAUGGUUUUCCGCCGGGCUACUGUCGUCCAAGACGAUAUUCCUGUAUUGUACGCUGUUCGCCUGGAAGACCACAACCCCGCGGGGAUCAGUCUCCCGUCUCCCCACUGUCAUAUGGUGCUGCGGAAUCAUAUUACAGUAGUGCUGCCCGUUCCCGGCGAUGGUGGGAGUUUCUUCGGACGGACUACGGGGUUCUUGUACAAAAAACAUGUCGUCGACUAUCCAAAAGCACAUUUGCUACGUGAAGUCAAGUUUAUACCGAACUUCGUAGCAUCUUCGUCCAUAUUAGCAUUUCGCAAAGGCGAUGGAAACUGCAAUGCGAAGUGUCGGUUUACUACAGGCGUUAUGGAGGACAAGAAGGGUUUUCAGCGCACCGGUCGGCACGCACAGACUGGGGGGCGGGGACAUUAUCAUAUUGAUGUCGGUUGUCGUCUGUUCGCGAAACCGGAAUCCGAUGCCAUCACUUUCAUCUGCGCCGAAAUGCAUGUGGACCAGGCUGGGCGGAGCAUGUUCUGGACCGAAGACUCCCUGAAGCAGGCGUGUGAUUACUAUCUUACGGACGAAUUGACGGGAGAGCUGGUUAGCAUGGACUCGGAUGCAACAGAAGCCGGCCAGUUUGAUGGAAUGUCCAUUAACGAGCUGUUAAACCUCAUACUAGCCGCUAUACUGGGCUACCUCGACUUGGAUUCGCAGUCUGUGGCAAGCAGAGUUUGAGCGCUGUGGAGAAUGCUCUGCCGCAGCUACGUGGAAAACCGGCACAUUGUGCGCCGGAUGUGGGAGACAACCACAGGAUGCCGAUUUUUUGUCUGAGUGCGACUAUUACCUCUCGUACGAACUGGUAAGCAUGCUGCAAAACACAUGCACGGAACGAACGUGUUCGCUGCUGUUUACGGAGGACCGGGAGGACAAUCGGCACGCUGAGUUCGCUCUCGGGAAACGCUGAUUCAAAUGGUGCUGCACUCUAAGGCCAUUCGUCAGCCGUUAGUCAUUGUCAAGGACUGCCGCGAUUCGGGUUUUCCCUUUGCUUCCUUCUUGGGCAUCACCCGCAAUCCCCGCAGUGGCUCUUAUGAAUGAACGGCGCUGGCGGAAUGGAUGCCCGUUUGCCAGCAGUUGGUGCUGAUCAAUUUCGCCGCAGCGGAAACACUCCUCCUAUCGGCUCUGCAGAUAGGAGGAUAACAUUCAACCAUG